AUGACAAAAACAACAACCAAGAAAAGCAAGCUUAAGCACUUCCUAUUAGGCCCAGUAAGAGUCCUCAAGAAAGCAAGACAAUUUUACAUGAAAAGUGUUAUCGAAUGCGCUGGAGGCUAUGGUUUUGGAGCUGUCAAUCACAUUCCACACUUGCCUAAGUCCAUCAUCGUCAAUGUCGAUGAAGGGGAAGAUAUUGUAACGAAGCAAAACCUAUCGGUUUUGAGGUGUAAGAACAAUGCUGAGGUGAGAAAGAUGGGGAAGAUCGACGAGGAUCAACCUUGUUGUUUUGAAAACAAGCAAAUUAGUUUGAAAAACAAUGUUUUGGAUUUGUUUCCAAUGAAGAGGACUAGUGUUGUAAAAAAUGUGACUGUGGAUCAUGAGUUGUGUUGA